ACAGCUGCUCCGGGGAAGACGCUGAGGAAGUGAGUUCAUGAAGUGAAGGAUUUUUAUUAUAGAUAAACCGUUAUAUGUUGUUAAAAUGAAACGAGUAAACCUGUGAAGAUUACACUGACGUUAAGAGGAAAAAAACACCACAAUUUUUUUUGCGUUUAGAGAUGGAGACUUUAAUUCCCAUCAUUAACCGGCUGCAGGAGGUCUUCCUCACCGUCGGAGCUGAGCUCAUUCAACUUCCUCAGAUUGUCGUAGUCGGCUCACAGAGCAGCGGGAAGAGCUCCGUCCUGGAGAGUCUGGUCGGACGAGAUUUUUUACCUCGUGGUUCAGGAAUAGUCACACGGCGCCCUCUUGUGUUGCAGCUGGUAAACAUCCAGCCCCUGGAGGAGCGCCGGAAACAAGAGAAUGAAAACAGGACAAAUGCAAACUCUCAAUACAGCUUUCCAGGAAUCAAGGCUGAGGAAUGGGGAACAUUUCUUCACUGCAAACACCAGGUUUUUACAGAUUUUACAGAAAUUCGGACUGAAAUCGAGGAGGAGACAGAGCGCACCACUAACAACAAGGGUAUCAGCGCGGAACCCAUCCAUCUGAAGAUAUUCUCCCCUAAUGUCCUAAACCUCACCUUGGUCGAUUUGCCUGGAAUCACCAAGGUGCCAGUAGGUGACCAACCAGAAGAUAUAGAGACUCAGGUUCAGGAAAUGAUCCUGUCAUUUAUCUCCAACCCUAACUCACUGAUCCUGUGUGUGUCUCCGGCGAACUCUGACCUGGCCACUUCGGACGCACUAAAACUGGCCCGUGAGGUCGACCCUGAUGGUCGGAGGACUCUGCUGGUCGUGAGUAAGCUCGACCUGAUGGAUGCUGGGACCGACGCACUGGAGGUUCUGCUUGGCCGCAUCAUCCCCGUCAGACUCGGCAUCAUCGGCGUGGUCAACAGGAGCCAGCACGACCUGAACACUAGGAAAAGUGUAGCAGAUGCGUGGCGUGACGAGCAGGCGUUUCUGCAGCGGCACUAUCCGUCUUUAGCAUCACGAUGUGGCUCACGCUACCUGGCACGCACGCUGAGCCGUCUGCUCAUGCACCACAUUCGCGACUGCCUGCCCGAGCUCAAGGCACGUGUGACGACGUUGAGUGCCCAGUUCCAGGCGCGGCUGAGCAGCUACGGAGAGCCAGUGGAAGACCACAGCGCCACCCUGCUGCAGAUCGUCACUAAGUUUGCCACGGAUUACUGCAACACCAUCGAGGGCACGGCCCGACACAUCCAGACGUCUGAGCUAUGUGGCGGGGCUCGGAUCUGUUACAUAUUCCACGAGACGUUUGGCCGGACCCUGCAGUCCAUCGACCCGCUGGGAGGACUCACUGAGAUGGAUGUUCUCACUGCCAUCCGUAAUGCCACGGGUCCGAGGCCCGCGCUGUUUGUUCCCGAGGUGAGCUUUGAGCUGCUGGUGAAGAGACAGAUUAAGAGACUAGAGGAGCCGAGUCUGCGCUGCGUGGAGCUCGUCCAUGAGGAGCUGCAAAGAAUCAUCCAGCACUGCUCGUCCCACAGUACACAGGAGCUGUUGCGCUUUCCCAAACUGCAUGACUCAAUAGUGGAGGUGGUGACCAGUUUACUCAGGAAACGUCUUCCGAUCACCAACGAAAUGGUCCAUAAUCUAGUGGCAAUAGAGCUCGCGUACGUCAACACUAAGCACCCAGACUUCACAGAUGCUGCACAAGUGUCUGCUUCAGUUAACAGCCAACAGACUGAGUCAUUGGAUGGAGGAAAACGGUGGAAGAACGAUAAAAUGUCAUUAGAGGAAAAAGGCUCUGUGCCUGGAUUUGGAAGCCCCACCAAAGCAGUCAACUUACUGGACACGGCUGUGCCGAUCUCUCGAAAGCUGAGCGCACGCGAGCAGCGGGACUGCGAGGUCAUCCAGCGCCUCAUCAAGUGCUACUUCCUCAUUGUGCGCAAAAACAUCCAGGACAGUGUGCCCAAAGCAGUGAUGCACUUCCUGGUGAACUUUGUGAAGGAACGACUGCAGAGCGAGCUCGUGGGUCAGUUGUACAAGCAGCCUCUGCUGCAGGAGCUGCUCAUCGAGUCUCAGGAAACGGCACAGCAGCGCACUGAAGUCGCCCACAUGCUGGAGGCACUCCAGAAAGCCAACAACAUCAUCUCCGAGAUCCGAGAGACACACCUGUGGUAGCCUCACCGUUGCAGCAGCAGCACGUCAACGAGUGUGUGUUUACAUGUCCGUAUGUCAGUAGAUAUUUUUAAUUGCCUCCCAGAGCACAUGCAUCAAACAUAUGUAUAAUCACUCGGGUAUUUCAGGUACUUUCUGUUAUUAUUCUACAAACACAAUGUGUAUUUGAGCAUGUGUGUGUAUGUGUGUGUGAGAGAGAGAAAAUGUUGAAUGUUGUCUAUACCAUAGGUCAGACAACAAGCCUGCUUAUUUUCCCUUCAAUUAAGAGGCACUCUGAGAAUGCACUGAGCUUUAAAAGAAGCACUCGAGCUGUAGAUGCUUUUAGACAUUCUUGAAAAAAAAUAACACAAACUUGAAAUAUAUAUAUAUAUAUAAUUUUUUCCCCAUCUAGUCGAGAUACACACCAGGCAGCUACAACUGCGCUUUGAAAAAAAAAAAAAGGUUUGUAGUGGACCAACACAGAUUAGUCACAGUUUUUAUUUUUGCUUUUAUGAGUUUUCUAGUCGUCAUUUACUGCGCCUGUAGCAUAUGUCCUUUUUUUUCUUUCCCCCUGCACUGAUUUAUUUUAUUAUUAUUAUUAUUAUUUUUUUUAAAUAUGUGAGAAAAUAAUCACUGACUGAGUUUGAGAAGUUUGAAGUAAACAUGUUGUCUGCUCAUUUCUAAACAGAAUUAUCAGCGGUAAUUACACUUGCAGAUGCAAUCUGUAGAGAUGAGGUCGAAACACUGGAGUAUUCCUUUAAUCUGAGCUGCCUGUUUAUAUCUGUAGUUAAUAUUUUAAAGGAACCGUCUUACUUCUGAAGUGUACUGAAGUAAGGAAUUAAACACAGCAGGAUGUGCUGGUACAAGCCUGAAAUGUGUUUUAUCCCUCUCAUCCCAUAGCAGAUUGUAAGUGAUUACAGUGUUUCAUUUGUUAAUAAACUCCACGUCGUACUGUCUACCCGUUUAUAGUUACCUUUCAAAGCUACGAAACCAGUUAUCGCUUAUGUUAUAGCAACUGAAACCGUCUUUUCCUCACAAUCCAAAGACUUUUCCAUGGUGGACAAAUUGACUGUUGGGUGUCGUGAAGCUCUCUUUUGCACUGGAGACUCCUUCCAUAAAACUUCACAUCAUUGACUAGGGAUUAAUGCUUUUCUUUUCUAAAUAAAAAAGUUUUUUUAAUUUUA